ACCCUUCCAACUCAGAUACUAAUAGAAGUAAGUGUAUGACCAUGGAUCAACCAUGUAUAUAAUCAAUUUAUCGUAAGGAUUUGGUCUAAGUGGAUACAAAGUAGGUAGAUUUGAUGUAACAAAUCCUCCCAAUUCAAUGGAAUAUAUAUAUAUAUAUAAGUUGGUAGAGGAUGGGUAUCUCGUGACCUACCUUCCUAAUGCCUCAUGCUCGCUCGCUCUCUCUCUCUCUCUCUCUCAACUUCUCUGCUAUAAAUGACUUGCUUCCCUCGAAUACAUCUGCUGUGUUCCUUUCUUCCUCUUAAUCGCUCCCCCUAGCUCCUCAACCCAAAGGCUUGCUUUCAUGGGAAUAUUCUCACUAGUGACAGGGUUACCAGGGCCAAGCGGCUUCGGAUCGUCUUCCACAGCAGAGCAGGUGACCGAAGGCGUCGACGCAUCCAACAUCACCGUCAUCAUCACCGGCGGUGCAAGCGGCAUCGGCGCAGAGACCGCAAGAGUCUUCGCACUUCGCGGUGCCCAUGUCAUCAUUGCAGCCAGGAACAUGGAGGCUGCCACUGAUGCGAAGCAGCUUAUCCUAAAGACCACUCCAUCUGCCAGGGUGGAUCUCUUAGAGCUCGAUCUCAGCUCACUGAAGUCUGUGCGUGCCUUCUCGGACAAGUUCCUCUCCAUGGAUCUUCCCCUCAACAUCUUAAUAAACAAUGCCGGCGUCAUGUUCUGCCCUCACCAGCUCUCUGAGGAUGGAACAGAGAUGCAGUUCGCUACAAAUCACAUAGGUCACUUUCAGCUGACGAAUCUUCUUCUUGAGAAGAUGAAAAGCACUGCGAGGAAGACAGGAAUCGAAGGUCGCGUUGUGAACUUGUCGUCUGUGGCUCACAUAUACACCUAUGAAGAUGGAAUUCGAUUUAGUGAACUCAAUGAAAAAUAUGGCAAGAAGGCAUAUGGGCAAUCUAAGCUGGCCAACAUAUUACACGCGAAUGAGCUCUCCAGGCGUCUACAGGAAGAGGGAGCAAAUGUUACAGUCAACUCUGUUCAUCCAGGACUCAUCAUGACGAACCUGAUGAGGCACACCUUGUUCCUGAUGAGGAUGCUAAAGAUGGUCUCAUACAUCCUGUGGAAGAACGUGCCGCAGGGAGCAGCUACGACUUGCUACGUUGCGCUACAUCCGAGCGUGAAGGGCGUGUCGGGGAAGUACUUCGUCGACUGCAACGAGGCGAAGCCGAGCUCGUUGGCCGGAGACGAAACCCUUGCGAGGAGGCUGUGGGACUUCAGCGAGAAGCUGGUUAAUGCCAAAAGUUGUGACCGUCGGUGAUGAGAGAUGCAAACAGAGUUUGCGGUCUUCAACUAUUUCGUGGGACUAUAAAUGAUGACAACGAGAUUUAAAUGUAGUAUAGGAUCACCAAAUCAAUAUUUCAAGUGUAUAUCCUUGUAA